AGUUUACGUAGCCUGUAUUUUGUACUGCCUUCCACGUCGGAGUGAUGGAAGUAGCUAACAACUAAAUUUUGCUAUCUUUUUUUCUUUUUUCUCGUUCAUUUUACUUCCUUCAACAUUUCUGUCACUUCCGUUAGAUUAUUAUGCCUAUCCCAUUCCUUUGGGAGACAUAUGUAAAUGGCGCCCCGGCGUGGGUGCCCGGCUGGGCACGCGAUCCGUGGACCUUACUCCAAAUCGGAGUUGCCGCCGCAUUUCUCAUUGUUCUGAAGCGAUAUUUCAGCGGUGCUAGAACUCUAAUGGAACGUAACAUGCAUGGCCGGGUAGUGAUGAUCACCGGUGGGACAUCAGGUAUAGGCGCCGCCGUCGCUCAAGAAUUGGCUACACGAGGAGCCCAAAUCGUACUCCUUACCCGAUUACCGCCGUCGAACCCCUUCCUCGCAGACUACAUUGGAGAAUUACGCCAACAAACGAAAAACCAAAUGAUAUAUGCCGAGCAAGUCGAUCUCUCUUCUUUGCAUAGCAUCCGUCAAUUUGCUACAAAGUGGAUUGACAAUGCGCCACCGAGACGAUUAGACAUGCUUAUUCUAUGUGCUGCUACCGUUACGCCUCCUGGGAAGAAACGGACAGAGACAGAAGAAGGGAUUGAGGAGAUGUGGAUGGUCAAUUACCUCGCCAACUUCCACUUAUUAGGAAUUCUAAGUCCGGCACUCCGAGCCCAGCCGUUUGACCGCGACGUUCGAGUAAUUAUUCCGACAUGUUCAUCCUACAUCCGAUCCCCAUCGCUUAACAACGAGUUGCUGAAAAAGGAGUGGACUCCGGCGAAAGCUUAUGCUAGAAGCAAGUUAGCUUUGAUGGUGUUUGGACAAGCCUUCCAGAAACAUUUAGAUGCGUAUGAACGACCCGAUAAACUCCCAAUGAAUUCUCGAGUCGUCUUUGCCGACCCUGGAUUUACUCGUACCCCUGGAAUGAGGCAUUGGUUGACUCGUGGCACGAUCUGGGGCUUGAUGGUUUACCUAUCUUCUUAUCUAAUCCCUUGGUUUUUUUUAAAGAGCCCAGAAAUGGGUGCUCAGUCUAUUCUACAUGCCGCAAUGGACCCGGACCUAAGCAGAGGACCAGGUGGGAAGUUUAUCAAGGAAUGCAUGGAGAUCGACUUCGCAAGGAUAGAUGUUAAAGAUGAGGAGGUCGCAAAGAAGCUGUGGGAAGCAAGCGAUAAACUUAUUGAAAAGACCGAAAAGGAUCAAGCUGCUUUGAGAGUGUUAGAAAAGAAACGCCAGGAAGUCAAAGAUAAGGAGAAGCAGGAAAAAGAGAAGGCUGAUGAGAUUGACGCCUUAAUAGGUUCUAUUAAGAAAGGAAAGGAGGCUGAAAAGAAGACUUCACGACGGAAAGGGAAAAAGGCGGCAUCAUGAAUAUACGAAGAAAUAGAGGGACUAAUAUUGACGAUCCUGCUUCCGACUUUUCUACAGUACAAUGCAAAAGAAACCAUUCCGACAUAAAUAUGAAAUAUGUUACAAACGAUGUCAUAACUUAUGAGUACGAUUCUCUAGAUAAUCGAAUAUUUAGAGUUCUUGAGGCAUACGCAACAGUAUGCUCAGCA